AUGGCUGGCACUAACCCUCGACGGCCGCCCCAGUUCUACCCGGGCCUGGCAGCUUUCACGGAUGCCAUCGAGGCCCUCCCCCAAGAAACCAUCAGACAUUUUACUCUGUUGAGAGAGGUCGAUGCCAAAGCUUCCGGCCCCGAGGAUUUGCUUCGCAACUUUAUCAAAAAUGCAUUGAGCAUUCCACCUCCGUUACAGGCUCCGCCUAAGGCCGAACCCAUCACCGAACCCGUUCGGGUUUUAGACGAUCAAAGCCAUCCCGAUAAGCUGCUAUCCAACAACAACAACAACAACAACAACAACAACAACAACAACACCAACACCAGCACCAGCAGCACCAGCAGCACCAGCAGCAACCUAUCCGACAACAAUCAGUCCAAUGAGCAUGUAAAACGGUCGCGUUUACACGAGGUUCGAGUUCUGAUCUCAGAUCUUCUUCUUACUUUGGAUGAAAAAAUUCAUGUGAUAUCGACUGCAUCGGAAGCUCUUGCCAAGCACCAGGUCCGGAUUGAUGAUGCCUACAGUGCCACAACCCGUGAAAUCGAUUCUGUUCUCCGCGAUGGAAAUCCGGCCCACUGGGCAUAUGGCAACUCAAUCCUUGAGAGUUCUUUUAACCUUGGGGCAGGAGCAAACGAAAAUAUGUCAACGGGGUACCCUGUUGACCCAGACUCUAUCAUCGGGACCUCAAGGGCUGAUGGCCGUAGAGAAGGAGCAUCUCGACGUUAUGCUCACGCCCCAGAACAGUUAGAGCCCAAAACGAUAAACCAAACCGAACCCACAACUCUUAUCUACGAGAAUUCGCCAAUUAUCCCCGCAGCCAAACGCCGCAAAGGGGCCACUCAUGGCAAUCAGUUGAAUAAAACGCUUGCACCAGAGCGAAGUGCAGCCCAGGCUCGAAGUGGGGCAUAUUCCAACUCCCACAUCCUUCAAAGCACCAAGACGCAGCCUAUUGCGAAAGUACAUGGGUCCCAAAGUUCCACAAGCAAUCAAAAACAACCGACGUCAAGGAAAAGAAUGCCCGCCCCGCCAGUUGCAACUCUUCUGUCUCCCACAAAACACAAUUUUACAGAUUCCCGUGCCAUGGGGGCGCCACCCCAGUCAUCAGAGAACUUCAUUAUAGCGGAGCUUGAUGGUGGGAAGAAAGAUAUGGGUCAUAGAAACCCUCGCUCCAAACCUCACUUAACGAAACCAGACGCGCCGAGGGCGGUUCCAAAGAUUGAUAACCACGUUAAGCAGGAAGAGAAAAUAUUAUCUUUCGAACCGAAACCAGCAACAAUCCCAAAGCCACCGCAAGAUAAGUCGUUGCAAUCGGAGAAUGAGGCGAUGGUCAGUUCCGACAAAGAAACCUCCAAUCAGAAGUUGGAUUCAACGGCUCUUCAAGGGACCCCCGCAAAUACAACUAAAGAUAUAGCUAAAAAUGACCAGAAUGUAACGUUAGGCGAUGAAGGGCCAGCAGCUGUCGAGAAAUUUCCAAGAGACAUAGAUGUCGCAGAAAAGGUAAGCGGCCGAAGUGCUAUCGCGUCAGUUGUAAAGUCAGCGCCUAAACCUUCGAUGGUUCUUGACAUCGUUAAGAGCUCUCAGGUGGGCCCCCCUAAGGUCUUACCGCAUAGGCUAUUUAAAUCCAGUAACGACCCAUCGGUACAAAUGGAUGAUAAAUCGAUUCUAAACAACGCCCGGGGUGAUAAUGGUAAUAAUGCUGGUGGUAAUGGUAAUAACGACGAUAACAAUAACGAUGAUGAUGAUAAUAACGAUGAUGAUGACGAUGAAGGCGAAGGCGAUGACGAUGAAGGGGAUGUUGAUGCCGAUGAAAUGCGAUAUUGCUACUGCAAUCAAAUUUCCUAUGGCAAAAUGGUGGCCUGUGAUGGCCCUGGUUGUCAAAGGGAGUGGUUUCACCUACCAUGUGUCGGGCUCUCACAUAUGCCAAGUUCAAAGGAUAAAUGGUAUUGUAGGGAAUGCCGAACUGCUAUCCAGAACACCCCAAAGGCUAGCAAGGCCGGCCAGCACCGGGUCUAG